AUGUCUGCAAUUAUAUCAGCUGUAUUUAAAGCCACCAUCGGCUUGAUUGUGGAUAAAGGAAGAGACGUAGCAGCGGAGAGGCUAAAAGAAGGUGACGUGGCUGAUCAGAAAUUUCGCAGCCUUAUCGUGCGUGAUUUGAAAGAGAUCCACCACAAGUUGGAUGCGUUAUCACAAAAGGAUCUUAAUGCAGCUGUAGACUUCUUUGAAACAGGACUUGGAUGUCUUUAUAAGGCAGUCGAUAUAAUGCGCAGAGCUGAUAUUAGUUUGGGAGCAGCGAAGGUAUCUGAAAGAAAUGAAGAAGAUUACUUUAAACAAAUAACUUUGCCCUCAGACACUGACCCUGAAAAGGCAAUAGUCCUCGCGGAUGGAAUAAGAAACAUGCAACUCAACGAGUUGGAUGAAACAACGAAGAGUCUGCUCUCUAACGCACAAAAGAAAUUCAGGUUAGCCGUUGAAAACGCGACACACGCCUGCAACAAUGAAGCCCUCAGCACUUUUGACCGAAUAACGGCCAUUCGAUAUCGUGUUAUGGCGGCAAUGUUACAGUCAGCAGCUGAGACAGCGAGAACCACUGGCGACUUGAAAAGUACUUUGCAGAAGGCAUUACCAGAGUGCGAACAGUGCCUGAAGAAACUCAAUUCGUUACCAGCUGUUCAAAACAGCUUUAAACCCGAACUUAGUAAAGGUUUGCUAAACAUCAGAGGUCGAUUUGGUAAAGAUGAACGGAUGCAGAUAAUUUCAACUGUAUGUCAGGUAAAUCGCGUCAUUUACGAUGCCAUGCAAACGGUUGGCAAAGAAGUACAUGUCUUGGUGUGGCCAUAUGUUGACAUCGGAGAAGAUCAAGUUGACCCUCUGCGCGAUGAAAGAGUGUUACAAGUUUUGGAGAGAGUUAAUAUGGAGCACUGCUGCAUUACAGCGCAAGUGAGGUGGUCGUUUAAUGUGGCAUGCAGUACUGAGUUCUGGCAUAUGGCUACGAACACCCUGGGACAGUUUCUGAUUGCAGAACACCAGACGGAAACCGUACAUGUUUAUAAUAACAAUGGUAUAUUUCAGUAUAGUUUUAAUCCCCAAACUUUUCGUCGUGAUAAUAUAACACAGAUUAAAAUUGCUGAUCUCGUUACUGAAGACGUUAGCGAGAAGAUCUAUUUGCUGGUUGAAAUGUUCCGUGAAUCGCGAUCUUACCUGGACGGUGACAACUGUGAAGUGCAGGUUUUUAACAAAACUCCUUACCCACUUAGACGGUACAAGUUUCCUGCGAAAAUCGGUCACAGACUGAUAGUUAGCGGCAGCAAACUAGCUAUACUGGGAUCGUGGGAGGCUCGUGUGUACGAUCAGAAUGGUGAGUUGGAUCGUAGUUUUGAGUUUUUCAAGAGAGGAGGCGACAAGGAAUUAGCUGAUUGCACUGCUACUUACGAAGGUCGCAUCUUGAUAAUGCACAAUAAAGGAGGCUACAGCGAUUACCACUGUGUUCAUGUAUUCACAAUGGAGGGACAGGAAAUUGCAAAAUUCAAAUCUGGCCUCGGAUUAAAGUUAGACUAUAUGCGGUUUUCACCUCGCUCUGCAGGUGAACAUGUUGUCAUCGGUGGUUACAAUAAGGAGGAUGAGAUCAUAACAGUGGAGAUAAACACUGUGGAUGGAAAAUUUGAGCGAAGAAUUCUGUUGCGUUAUAAUGAACCUAAACUUGGUCUUGUUAGAAUUACGGUGACCGUGGAGGGACACAUUGCCCUGUCUUUUUAUUCUCAUGCUGAUCGCCAUGGAAAGGUAGCUGUCUUCAAAAACUAA